AAAAACGUCACUGCUCACUCCAAAUUUUGAAAAUCAAACGGCGAAAACGCGAUUCUCUCAUCGGAGAUGGCGGAGAAGAAGAGAUGGAUUGCGAUGUUUACGAAACACAUCAAGCAGAAACGAAAGGUCUACCACGACGGCUUCCUUGAUUUGCAUAUCACCAGACGAAAGGUGACGCUGUAUGACGAGGCAGAGAAUCUACUUGAAAGCAGGAUGCUAAAGGCAGGCGAAGUUGUGGACACAGGUGAAACAAUCACAUUUCAAGCUUACCUUGUGGAUGUAGGCGAUCCUAAGGAUGGAAGUAAGGCUUCAAUUGAUAUAAAGGUUGAACCAAGCGAUCAAGGCUCUGCGCCCAAAUCAUUUGCAGUGCGCAGGCCAAAUUUUAAGAAGAGUUCUCUUCGUUUUGAUGAGAAAAAGCCUAACCUUGUGAAUAAACUUUCUUCAAAAAGUCUCAGUCCAUCUCACAAUAUGAUUAGAGCAUUCAAAAAGAGAGAACUGCAUAAGUAUGUGGCACUGACUCCAGACACUAUGAAGUCAGCAACAAAAGGCUUUGUACCUCUUGGUUCAGCUGAUAAAGAAAGCAAUAGCCACUCUUUGAUCAACUCUCUUUGUGAUGGAAGGUCCGCUGCAGAUUCAAGGUUAGAGAAUGAUGAGCUAAGCAAGGACGUUCCUCCGUACAAGCCUUUACGUGAUGUAAAUCAGAUACUCUCCAUCCUUCAGAGACGGAAUGUUACAGGGACAUGUUCUGAUUAUAAACUGCAACCAUCAGUGCUUUUAACAAAAGUAUCUCCAGAAUCUGAUACCAGCCAAAGCCACAAGAUACAGUCUGUUUCAACGAAAGCAGCAUCUAGGGAACAAGUGAUGGUUCAAGAAACCUCAUCAGCCCGCACAAGAGGUUGCUUAAUAAGCGAUCCUCCGAGUUUUGACCUUGGAAUAUAAACAGAGCCCCCUCAUGAUCUCAUUUUACAUAAAUAGAUAAAGAGGGGAAAUGGCAGGACCGGAACAAGCGGCGAGGCAGACGAGUGAAGUCUUGGGCCAGCGGAAAUCGCUAGGGAUAUGUCCCGUGAGAGCUGCAGCGGUUGGAGCUGUGAUAAUCGGUGGACUUGGCUAUAUGGUUUUGUACAGCAAGAAGAAGCCUGAAGCUACAGCAGGUGAUGUCGCGAAAGUUAUGUCAGGCGUCGCUGGGACUACAGAGAGCACUCGUCCUCGUAACUAAGCUUCGUAACUUUGAAACUUUUUAUAUAUUUUACUUUCAAACCAAAAGGAUUGUUAUCUUUGUGAUUUGAUAUACAGUUGAAUUCUCUAAACAUUUGUUCUAUUGGAAUCAUUAGGUGACUUAAUCUUA